GGAUAUUUUCCGAGUUUUGAAGAAGCUCGAAGCAGCAGAGCCAAGCACCAGAAAUGGCGAUGUUCUACACAUUGCUCUUACAGGACGCUUGAAAAUUUGAGAGAGAAAAAAAGUAAUCUAAUUAGAAAAUGGUGCAGAUUCUUCUUCAAUCAGCGGCGCCCUUUCUUCUCCAAUGCUCUUCUCCUCCUCCCACCUCCUCCAGGGGAAUGCCUGGCAAAGCAAUGUUGAAGAGUGGUUUUGAGCGACCUGCUCUAAGAAAGCUUGUGUCCCAGCAUGUACUAUCUGGAUUUGCUGCUUCAUUGAUAUUUCUCACUCAAACGAACCAGGCUGUAUCAGCUGAUCUAUCUCGCCAUGAAAACCUGUGCCAGCUCGCAAAUGCAGAGAAUGCUGCAAGCCUUCCAUUUGACAGUGGUUCUGAUGGAGGGGGGAGGUUGAUGAUGAUGAGAGGGAUGACUGCAAAAAAUUUCGAUCCCGUUAGAUACUCGGGAAGAUGGUUCGAAGUUGCUUCACUUAAACGAGGAUUCGCUGGACAAGGUCAGGAAGACUGCCACUGCACCCAGGGUGUAUAUACAUUUGAUAUGGCGACACCAGCUAUACAAGUCGAUACCUUUUGUGUUCAUGGAAGCCCUGACGGGUAUAUAACCGGGAUAAGGGGAAGAGUUCAGUGCCUUUCAGAGGAAGAUUUACAGAAAAAUGCAACCGAGCUGGAGAAUCAGGAGAUGAUCAAAGAGAAAUGUUACUUGCGUUUUCCAACAUUGCCAUUUAUCCCCAAGGAGCCAUAUGAUGUGAUUGCAACUGAUUAUGACAACUUUGCUCUUGUUUCUGGAGCAAAAGACCUUAGUUUCGUUCAGAUCUAUUCAAGAACACCGAACCCGGGACGCGAGUUCAUAGAGAAGUACAAAUCGUACCUGGCGAACUUCGGGUACGAUCCGAGCAAAAUCAAGGACACUCCUCAAGAUUGUGAAGUAAUGUCAAAUAGUCAGCUAGCUGCAAUGAUGUCAAUGUCUGGAAUGCAACAGGCUUUGACAAAUCAGUUUCCUGAUCUGGGGCUAAAGGCUCCUAUUGAACUCAACCCUUUCACAAGUGUAUUUGAUACUUUCAAAAAGCUUGUAGAACUAUAUUUCAAGUAGUUUUUGGUUCAAUUAGUUGUUCAGCAAUACAACCUUGUCUAAAUCCAAGCAACUGGUCAUAAUCCAAUCCUCAUUUAUGGUAGAUUCUUGCUAGCAUUUCUUUACUUGUGCUUUUAGCUUUUGAAAGAGACUUGAUUUACUAGAA